GCGACAACAAUAAUUCCAAGCAGAGUUCUUUUCUUGAAUUUUUUUCAUGUGCUGUGCAAAAAUAUAACAAAACUUGCUAAAUAUUCAACGCAAUGAACAAUUUAAUUUUCAUUAAACAAGCAUACACCAUGUGCAACUUAUUAAUAUUAACUUCACCUACACAUCAAGUGUAAGAGAAGAUCCGAGUCAAAUCACUGUGCGAGGAAUUUAAGUUCUAUUUCAAUUUUAGUCCAAACAACGUCAACUGGCUAAAAUCAUCAAUUUUGGGAAGGACAACUAUAGACAAGGAGACGACGACAACUGCCAUAAUUAAAUACAUUGACAACUAGCAACAGCGGAGGCAAUUGCAGCUGUUACGUUCGUAGCCAGGCCCCCAGGCCCGGGACCAGGCGGCCGCCUGUCUCCCCAAAAAUUGACACCACCGGCAAAGAAAAAACAAAAAGAAAAAAAAAAAGGUUUUAACUUUUAAUCAACAAACACGAAAAUAAAAAGAUGAACAACAAUGAACAAAUUGAUAGGCCGCCAAUCAUCACAGAAGACACAUCAGAAGCAGCUGCAGCAGCAUCAACGACUGGAGGAUCAGCAGGAGCAGCAGCAUUGGCGAAUGCAUCUGGAGGGGAUCGGGAGCGAUUCCCAUCACCCAUUGUCUCAAUCGCCGCUGGCGUAAUGAAUGAGAGCACUACGACCACAACAUCGACAAAAACAACACCAACUCCCUAUUCAAACGACCAGAUGCACACAAUGAUGUCGCAUGCAGCCGAGACGCAGUCGAAACUGAAACAGAUUCAGCAAGAGACCAAGCUAUCAUCAACAUCAUCCUCAUCACUAUCAUCUACAUGCAAAUUAGAUGACUAUACCAAAUCUCAUGAUCCCCCCUCGCCUUUUAUAUUUGUUGCAACAAAUAAUAAUUCAGCAACUUCUUCGUCUUCGACGUCUUCUGCUGCUGCUGCUUCGUCUGCUCCUGCUGCUGCCGUGCACAAUUUUAAAUUGUCCCCGCCAUUGGCUACCCAUACAAGCGGUGGAGCAACAGCCAAAGGUAAAACCCAAGAUGACCAAAAUGUCGGCAAGCGCCAGAAGAAAAAAAAGACAAAAUACGAUUCCUGGGAGGACAGCGAGAUCAAUGAUCUCGACGAUGCGUCAUUGAAGAAGCUUCUCGAGGAGGCCUAUUGGUAUCGCAAUCCUGGCGAUAGAAAAAACAAGAGCGAACGCUUUUUGCAAAUGCUUAAAAAGGCUGAGUACGACGAGGAGAACUCGUAUCGUGCCAUCAAAACCUGCCUCACCCGCAACACAAACUCAUCGUCCACCGCCGCAGCCGCAGCAGCUGUCGCUGUCGCCUCUUCCUCUUUUGUCUCAUCAGCAGCAACAUCAGUAGGAUCGUCCAACAGUGCUGCUGGUAGUUUUGGCUAUCAUACCAAUCACCGAUCGUCUGGCUCGCAUCGCCAUAAACAGGGCGGAUCAUUGCAGGAUCUAGUCGAAGCAACACAUCGUAGUGAAUUGGCCACCACCUCAUCUCAGGUGGCGGUAGCAGCUGCGGUAGCAGCGGCAGCGGUGGCCAAUCAUUGUUUCAACUGUGAUUAUCAGCUAAGUGGAGGGCGUAACUCGAUGAAUCGUCGUCAACAUCAGCAGCAGCAGCACAACCAAAAUUCAUCGUCCAUCAACUCCCAACUACCCAACUCCUUAUCCACCGCCUCCUCCUCUUCUUCUGCCUCGAAAAGGAUUAAUAAAAAUUCAACUGUUUCGGCGCGACAACGUGAAGGUGGUAGCCUGCCCAGCAGUGUAAAUCAAUUUGAAUCAGCGGUCAUUAUGGAUCCAGCCAAACUGAAACAUAUUUUGGGCAGCAGCAGCAGCGGAGGUGUCGGCGGAGAGGUAACACCCACCACAUCAACAUCGGCUGGAACGGGCAGUUGCCUAAGUCUACCCGAAACCGAAGCCGCAACACAAUUCGAUAUGGACGAUGAGGCGAUAAUGGACUCUGGUUCCGCCACUAGUACCCAACAAGAUAGCUUUAUGAAUCGAUGGGAUAUUAGUGCGGACACUAAACUCUGGAAUAUAGCGAACGGUCCUGAUUUGGAGACGUUGGAGGAAUUGCGCGAGAUACGCAAGACGAAGAAAGUAAAUCCUGCUUCAGCGGCAGGGUCAUCAUUUAACACGCACUCCAUGACCCUUUUGGGUGCCAAAAUCCUUGAAGGUCUUCAGCAGCAAAAGCAGCAGCAGGAACAACAGCAGCAACAACAACAACAACAAAAUCAACAGAUGCAUUCAUCCAACGAGUCUUCUAAGGAUGCAUCAACAGUUAAAGAGUUCCUAAUUGAUGAUGCUUUGCAAUUUUCCGUCUUGGAGCUAUCUGCCAAGAAUCAAGAAAUGCAGCAGCAGCAACAACAGCAACAACAACAACAACAGUAUCCGGCUGUGCCGGCUAAUGUUAGCGGAGGAGCUGCUCCAUGCGUGCCAUAUCCCCAGACAGCGGAUGAUCAAAAGCUCAGAUUGGAUACUGGCUAUGUAUCGCUCAAUGAUAAUUAUACAGCAUGCUCUUCGGUCUAUGGUGUUAGCACCACAGAUGGCGACAGCAACAAGACGGGGUCAUCAGGCGGUGCAUCAUCAUCAUUCACCAGCAGCACCACCACAACAGUCAAUGGUGGUGGUGGAGUAGCACCUGGUACUGCCCCAAAAGGGGCAGUGGAGGAUAUACGCGCAUCAAAAAUUGGACGCAUGUUAAGUGGAGGGUCAGCAGCAGCUGCAGCCAAGAGUGGAUCGCAGCGUCAAUUUGAUGAGAACGGCAAUGCCUUGAGUGAUGGCUAUGGCGGUGGUGCCGGCAGCGGAACAGGAAAUGGUGUCGCCGCAUCAACCAAUGGCAACUCGAAUCAGUUUACUGCCUUAAUCACAACCACAGUGGGUGGAGGAGCCGCCGGCGGGACAGCAGCAGCUAAUUCCGGUUCUUUGGCCGGCUCAGCUACUGCUUCUGCCGUAGCGGCUGCUCAUCCACCAUCAUCGUCCUCUACUCAGCGACAGAAUAGUGUCUCCACUUUAUUAUCCACCGGCACCAAUACGACAACAACAGCGAUGGCAGCUGCUGCUGUGGCUGCCUCCAUUAAUAGUCAACUGGGCGGCGCUGUACCCACUCAAACCAGUGGCACUGCAAACAUAAAUGCCACCAAUACCACCAUUACUACCACUAAGUUAAAGUCCAAAAAGAAGUCGCAACAAGAGCGUAAUACCAUACAGUAUUUGGUGGAUACGCAAACUAUUGCCGGCUGCCGGGGUGCGGAUCCUGUCGAGCAGCUACUGAAGUAUAUUGAGAACGAUGAGAAGAACAAUAGCGCUGGGCAAAAGAAGAAGGAACGCAAGAAACAAAGCAAGCUGAAGAAGAGCAAUUCGCUGGAGGAGUUGCGAAGUUGCUCCAAAAUGGAGGUCGAUGACCUUAACAAAUAUCAGGCGGCCACCACGGACAUGAUGCGCCAAAAGAAGACCGGAAGCGGUUCAACGGCCUCAGGGCCCUCAGCCACUGACGCUUCGAAACAUAAUUCGUCAUCUGUAGCUGAUAUCAAUAAGAACUGCAACAAGGAGCAGCAAGGAGUGCAACCUCAGCAGCAGCAGACGGUAGUGGCCAGUGCAACGGUCCAAGUGCGGGCACAGCCACGUAAAAGUGAGCGUCGCUCCUGGGGCACCGAGGAGCUGCAAUAUUUGGGUGAUCAGCAGCAAAAGGAGCAGCAAACUCAAAUGGAUUGGCCAUCGCCUUUACCCAAAAUGUCCACAUUGGAAUUCCCAGCACUGGCUGGCAUGUCCGAAAUGGAUGCUUUGAAUACUGUGUUGUCGGAGACAGCGGAAUUCCAUGUGGUCACCAAAAAGAAGAAACCAAAGAAGCAACGCGCCGUCACCAUGGACGAUGCUACUGUGGGGGCUGCCCAUCAUACAGGCGGCAAUCUGCAGCGCAUGCAACCGAUCACCAAAUCGGCCUCAUCCAACAUGAUGUCUCAUCGUGUCCAGCAGCAGCAGCAUUAUGCCAAUCAUUAUGGCAAUCAACAGUUGCCGCCUCCACACAGCAAAAUGGAGAGACAGUUUGUGGAGAAACAUCAAUCCACAUCGACAGGGUCGUCGCACAUCUCUGCUGGCAGUGUGCAUGCGCAUGGCCAGGGGAGUCAAUCGACGUCGACGACAAGUAAUAGCUCGGGUCACCAAGAUAGCUCUAGACGUAAGUCCACAUCAUCGAUGCCGCCCUCGGAAAAAUCCGAUUCCAGUGAUCUCGAUUCGGUCCAUUCACUACCGAUUCAGACGGGCAAGAAGAAGAGCAGCCGGGUAAACUCUGGCAGCAGUAGCUCCUCUUCUUCAACAUCCGCUCAGGCGGCUGGUCAACGUCAAUCCAAGCAAAACAAUAAUAAUUACAAUUCGCCACCAGCUGCCAUUUCCUAUGCUGAUAUUGCCCGCAAGAGGCUGGAGGCAGCCCUAAAUAGUGGUGGUGGCACCACCAGCAACUCUGAAUCCUCGCCACCCGAUCUAUUUAAUAGUGGUAGUGGUGUCGGUGGUGGUAGUGGCAAGUCAUCGUCCACGAAGCAAGCCAAAACGAAACCAGAUUUUCCUGAACUGCCUGGAGCUGCAGCUAAUACGUUAAAUUUAACAACGGGUUUGCCAACGCCGGCAGGAAUAGGGAUGGGGACGACCGGGGGAGGACCAGCAGCAGCAGCAGCUACACAUAUUCCACCCAGUUCUACGUCGGUCACUUCGUCAGCAUCCAUAAGCUAUUCGCAGAGUUUGAAUGCAACACCCGCAAGUAGCACCAGUGAUGUUGAGAUGGCAUCACCGGAAUUGCUCCCGACAGCAGCAGCAGCUAUAGGUAGCAUGUCAUUCUCAUCUACGUCAGCAUCAGCAUUAUCGUCAUCAUCAUCGUAUUCAUCUCCGCCAGCUUUACAAAAGUCAAAGAGUGUGGAAAAUGAGGUCAGCUAUUCUUUUAAUAGCACCAAUUUGGAUCAACAAUAUCCAGCUCUAGAGAUGACGGUGAAGCGUCAUAGCACAACUAAUGUGGCCAUGGCCAGCAGUAGCAUCAACAACAACACUACCACCACCACCAUCACCACCACCACCACCACCAACAACAACAACAAUAAUUCCUUUUCAUCCUCUGCUUCCUCGUCGUCAUCAUAUAAUUUUGCCGCUGCAGCCAAGCAGCAAGCGGCCGAUAAAUCUACCUCAGCCAAGCUUAAGGCCAAGCCCAAGGAGAAGACAUCCAGCAUGAACCAUAGCAGCAGCAAGCCUAGUCAAGAGGAUGCGUCGUCAUCUGUCACAUUGUCGUCAGCCUCGUCGCCGUCGCCGUCCCCGUCCGCGUCAACCUCAUCGUCGUCCCCAACCUCUUCAUCAUGUUCGCCGGUUGCAGCUACUCUGAAAACAACAGCAGCCACCCAGACUGAUCGCACCAAGAAGAUCAGCGGAAAGUUUGGUGGCGCAGCAGUCGCAGGCUCCGGAUCAGGAGGCACAGCCUCGGGGGGAUUGGCUGGUAGUUCCUCAAUAACACCAAGUGGUGGUAGUAGUAGUGUAGCUGGUCGCCCUGCAGUUAUUAUACUCAACGAUAGAGAUGAUAGAGAUGCGACCCACAAUGAGUUCAUUUUUGGCGACUUUAAUGAAGAUGAGCUGAAAAUGUUCAAUGAUCAUGAGAAUACUGAGGAAUCCUCCAAUUCGAAUCAGGAAAACACAAGAAAUAAACUUAUUAGGGGUGGGGAGGAGCAAUCGGAUGUGGUUGCUGCCGAUGAGGAUGAGGAUGAGACAGAGAGCAAAGAGCACUCGGCGAAAUUGGGAAAGGAAUCUUCAACAGAUCUAAGCAGCGAUCAAUUGGUCCUAAAUGAUUCGGGUGCAGCUUCCGAUGCGGUAAACAUGAGCUCCACUCUGGACAUGCUUUCGAUCUCAGUUGAGGCUGUGCAGUCAUCGCCAAAUGCCGCCAACGCAGCUGCCAUUACAAACAACAACUCAUCAACAUUGUCCUCGAACACCUCGAACUCGUCGUCAUCAGCCUCGAUAUCAUCCUCUGCCUCCGCCAGAGGAGCUGGCGGUGAUCGCACCAUUGCCGGCGGCGCAAGUGGAGGAGGAGGCGGCAUUUCAUCAUUGGCCAACCAGUCCAAUGAUAGCGGCAUCAUUGCCAACACUUCGGUCAAUAAUUUCAUUAGCAAGGCAUCUAGCAGUGAUGUCCUUGUGUCCAUGCAGCAACUGGAAACCUGCAAUGAUAUUGAAGCGGCCAUAAUAGCCGCUGCUCGAGCUGCAGCCGCUGCCGCCAAACGCUCCACUAGCUGCAGUCGCAGCAAUUCCCAGGAGCCAGGAGAAUUCCUUCUGCCGGCCAAAACUGUCAACAAGUCGUCCGCCACUGCCAACAAGACAACUCUGCCCGUUUAUAUGGCCUACCAAGAUGGCGAUGACGAUGAUGAGACUUUGCACGAAUUGAGCUUCAUGCCAGAUCUCAAUAAAAUGGAGCUAGGUGCUGCCACAGCUACAUCUCUGCCGGAUGAGGAGCAUUUGCCGCCACCGCCCGUAGCAUUAGCACGACAGAGUGGGGUUCUGAACAAUACGGAUCUGAUAGUUGACUAUAUUGCCAGCACCUGGAAUGCCAUAGUCAAAAGCAAAUAUGUGACCUUUUACAGUGAGGAGCCAGAGCCAGAGUCUUAGAAGGCAUCAGGAGGAUCUACGAUCUGCCAUCACCACCGCUCCUCCGCCUCACUAAACAACAUCCAAUUCUAAUCCCAGAAAUCCAACAUUAAACGCCAAUCAAAAAAGUUCACUUAUCUUAUUUUCUUGUGUUGCAUGAAAUUUUACUAUAUUUUUUAUCACA